AACACACAACGGGAAGAUUUGAAGCAGUCAAGAGAAGGGACAGGAAAUCAGUGAGUCUUGUUUUUGAGAGACAUUUAUAUACAAAGACAGAUGGCUGAGAAAACUGCUCUUUUAGAAAGUUACCUGAACUGCCAUGUGUGUUCAGAGACUUUCAGAGAUCCUGUGUCUCUGAGCUGCAACCACAGCUUCUGUUCAAGCUGCGUGAACACAUUCUGGGAACAAGCUAACAACAAAAACUGUCCCAUUUGUAAAAGAAUAUCCUCAAAAGAGAUUACUGGGAUGAACUUUGCACUGAAGGAACUGGCUGACAACUUUGCUGAAAGACAGAAAUCUGGAUCAUCUGAGAUGGGAAAAGAAAAGAAGAAGGUGGAGGUGGUGUGUGAUAAACAUCCAGAAGUCCCUUAUUGGUUCUGUAAGGAUGAAGAUAGAGUUGUGUGUCCUGUCUGUGAGUUUUCUCUCCACCACGGUCACACGGUGGUUCCUGUAGAACAAGCAGUCAGAGAUCUGAAGGAGCAGCUGAAAUCUGACUUACAGUCUCUGCAGGACAAGAGGGACAAACACAGACGAGUGGAGGAAACAUACGAUGAAAUAAAUCAACACUCCAAGAAGCAGCUGCUGUCUACAGAGAGUCAGAUCAGAGCCGAGUUCAACAAGCUGCACCAGUUCCUGAAAGAGGAAGAGGAGUCCAGACUGGCAUCUCUGAGGGAGGAAGAGCAGCAGAGGGGGAAGACUGUCAGCAGAGAGAUGAAGAGGAUUCAGGAGCAGAUCUCCUCUCUGUCAGACAGCAUCUCUGCUGUGGAAGCAGACCUGCAGAAAGACAGCGUGCCGUUCCUCAGCAGUUAUAAAGCCUCUCAGAGCAGAGCCAGAGUCCAGUGCUCGCUGUCAGAUCCACAGCUGCUCUCAGGAGCACUGACAGAUGUGGCCAAACAUCUGGGCAACCUGUCCUUCAGAGUCUGGGAGAAGAUGAAGGACAAGGUCCACUUCUGUCCCGUCAUUCUGGACCCAAACACUGCAGCCAUCAGUCUCUAUCUGUCUGAUGAUCUGACUAGUGUGAGACGUGGAGACACAGACCAGAAGCUUCCAGACAAUCCAGAGAGACACAGCAGGUAUCCAGAUGUUCUGGGCUCUGAGGGUUUCAGCUCAGGGAAACACAGCUGGGAGGUGGAGGUGGGAGAUCAUCCUCACUGGAUUGUGGGUUUAGCCAAAGAGUCAGCUGACAGGAAGGGAGAAAGAUAUAUGUCACCAAAAUAUGGAAUCUGGUGUUUAUUACAUCGCAGUGGAAAAUACACUGAUGGAUCUGGUAAGAGUGUCACAGUGAAGAAGAGUCUCCAGAGGAUCAGAGUCCAGCUGGACUAUGAGGGGGGGGAGGUGUCCUUCUACAACUCUGAAGACAUGACUCACAUCUACACUCACAGAGACACUUUCACUGAGAAACUCUUCCCUUGGUUCAGUAUCGGUCCGGCUGGUGAUGCUAAAACUGCAGAAAUCAAAAUCUGUCCAGCUGGGAUUUCUUUGCGAAGUUCAGAGAACUCAGAGAAGAUGGAGAGAGUAGAGAGAGGAGAGAAGGUGGAGAGAGGAGAGAGCUCAAAGUCGUUUAUUAGGCGUUUUAAGUGGUAGUGUUUUUUUUGGGCUGAUACAGAAUCCAGUUAGUUCUUUUUGAAGAAAAUGUAGAGAUCCAGGUUAGAAGAAGAAUUAAGAUUUGAUGACAUGAUGGAAAACAUUCCUUGGUUGUUGUUUGAUACACAAAAUAUUUCUAAAGCCAGAAUGAGAAACUACAGCUGAGCUGCUUUUGGUGUAAAUGUGCAAGAACUGGGAGUUUAAUUAAAAACAUGUUUUGUUUUUUUAAUUUCCAAGGAUGAGUACAAAGCUUAAAUGUUAUGAUCAGACCCAAACAGGAUCUGCAGGGUUUAGUUGUGAUCCAGAUUGAAAAUCUGCAGAAUGUAGCCGACUGGUUUUCAGCUUUGGGUGGAGAUGUGUUUUUGUUCAACCUGAUCUCACAGAAUUCUGUGAAAUGAACACGGCCGCAUAACUUAAAAUCUGGGGCAGUUUCAUGGAAUUGCCCAAAAUUCCAUGACGGGCCCACGGAAGAAUUCCGUGAAAUGAACACGGCCCCUUAAGUUAAGGAAAAGGUUGUGUGUGGGCGGGACAACAACGCCUUGGGUUUAGGAAAAGAAGAACGGGACGGUUACGGUUGGGUUUAGGAAUCAUGACACAUGGG